CGCGGCGCGAGCGCGGGAGAAGGCUGGGGCGCCCGCCGGGCGGGCCGGACGCGAGCGCGGGAGAAGGCUGGGGCGCCCGCCGGGCGGGCCGGAGCGGCCGAUGGGGCCCGUGUGAGCGCGCCCAGGCCCGGCCCGGUGCCCGGCGGGCGGCAGCAUGUCCGCGGGCGGCGGCGCCAGGAAGAGCACCGGGAGGUCCUCCUACUACUACCGGCUGCUGAGGCGGCCCCGGCUGCAGCGACAGAGGAGCCGCUCCCGCAGCCGGACCCGGCCUGCCAGGGAGUCGCCCCAAGAAAGGCCGGGCUCCCGGCGCAGCCUGCCCGGCAGCCUUUCCGAGAAGAGCCCCAGCAUGGAGCCCUCGGCCGCCACCCCGUUCCGGGUCACGGGCUUCCUCAGCCGCCGCCUCAAGGGCUCCAUCAAGCGCACCAAGAGCCAGCCCAAGCUGGACCGCAACCACAGCUUCCGCCACAUCCUGCCGGGGUUCCGGAGCGCCGCCGCCGCCUCCGCCGCGGACAAUGAGAGGUCCCAUCUGAUGCCCAGGCUGAAGGAGUCCCGCUCCCACGAGUCCCUGCUCAGCCCCAGCAGUGCGGUGGAGGCGCUGGACCUCAGCAUGGAGGAGGAGGUGCUCAUCAAGCCGGUGCACAGCAGCAUCCUGGGCCAGGACUACUGCUUCGAGGUGACCACGUCAUCGGGAAGCAAGUGCUUUUCCUGCCGGUCAGCAGCCGAGCGGGAUAAGUGGAUGGAGAACCUGCGGCGAGCAGUGCACCCCAACAAGGACAACAGCCGGCGCGUGGAGCAUGUGCUCAAGCUGUGGGUGAUCGAGGCCAAGGACCUGCCAGCCAAGAAGAAGUACCUGUGCGAGCUGUGCCUGGACGACGUGCUGUACGCCCGGACGACGGGCAAGCUCAAGACGGACAACGUCUUCUGGGGAGAGCACUUCGAGUUCCACAACCUGCCGCCCCUGCGCACGGUCACCGUCCACCUGUACCGGGAGACUGACAAGAAGAAGAAGAAGGAACGCAACAGCUACCUGGGCCUGGUGAGCCUGCCCGCUGCCUCGGUGGCCGGGCGGCAGUUCGUGGAGAAGUGGUACCCGGUGGUGACGCCCAACCCCAAAGGCGGCAAGGGCCCCGGGCCCAUGAUCCGCAUCAAGGCCCGCUACCAGACCAUCACCAUCCUGCCCAUGGAGAUGUACAAGGAGUUUGCCGAGCACAUCACCAACCACUACCUGGGGCUGUGCGCCGCCCUGGAACCCAUCCUCAGCGCCAAGACCAAGGAGGAGAUGGCGUCCGCCCUGGUGCACAUCCUGCAGAGCACGGGCAAGGUGAAGGACUUUCUGACAGACCUGAUGAUGUCAGAGGUGGACCGCUGUGGGGACAACGAGCACCUCAUCUUCCGGGAGAACACACUGGCCACCAAGGCCAUCGAGGAGUACCUCAAGCUCGUGGGCCAGAAGUACCUGCAGGAUGCCCUAGGUGAGUUCAUCAAAGCGCUGUACGAGUCGGAUGAGAACUGUGAAGUGGACCCGAGCAAGUGUUCUGCCGCCGACCUGCCUGAGCACCAGGGCAACCUCAAGAUGUGCUGUGAGCUGGCCUUCUGCAAGAUCAUCAACUCCUACUGCGUCUUCCCACGGGAACUGAAAGAGGUGUUUGCCUCGUGGCGGCAGGAGUGCAGCAGUCGCGGCCGGCCGGACAUCAGCGAGCGGCUCAUCAGUGCCUCCCUCUUCCUGCGCUUCCUCUGCCCUGCCAUCAUGUCCCCCUCGCUCUUCAACCUGCUGCAGGAGUACCCCGAUGACCGCACCGCCCGCACCCUCACCCUUAUCGCCAAGGUCACCCAGAACCUGGCCAACUUCGCCAAGUUCGGCAGCAAGGAGGAGUACAUGUCCUUCAUGAACCAGUUCCUGGAGCACGAGUGGACCAACAUGCAGCGCUUCCUCUUGGAGAUCUCCAACCCCGAGACCAUCUCCAACACCGCCGGCUUCGAGGGCUACAUCGACCUGGGCCGCGAGCUCUCCAGUCUGCACUCGCUGCUCUGGGAGGCCGUCAGCCAGCUGGAGCAGGGCAUUGUGGCCAAACUGGGCCCCCUACCUCGCAUCCUGAGGGACGUCCACACAGCACUGAGCACCCCAGGCAGUGGGCAGCUCGUGGGGACCAACGACCUGGCUUCCACGCCAGGCUCUGGCGGCAGCAGCAUCUCAGCUGGGCUGCAGAAGAUGGUGAUGGAGAGCGAUCUCUCUGGUCUGAUAGAUUUCACCCGGUUACCGUCUCCAACCCCCGAAAACAAGGACUUGUUUUUUGUCACAAGGUCCUCCGGGGUCCAGCCCUCACCUGCCCGCAGCUCGAGCUACUCGGAAGCCAACGAGCCGGAUCUCCAGAUGGCCAAUGGCGGCAAGAGCCUGUCCAUGGUGGACCUCCAGGAUGCCCGCACGCUGGACGGGGAGGCGGGCUCUCCGGCGGGCCCUGACGUCCUUCCUGCCGACGGGCAGGCGCCCGCGACUCAGCUGGUGGCUGGGUGGCCGGCCCGAGCGGCCCCCGUGAGCCUGGCCGGGCUGGCCACGGUGCGGCGGGCAGGCCAGACACCGACCACACCAGGCACCUCCGAGGGCGCGCCCGGCCGGCCCCAGCUGUUGGCACCACUCUCCUUCCAGAACCCCGUGUACCAGAUGGCGGCCGGCCUGCCGCUGUCACCCCGUGGCCUUGGCGACUCGGGCUCUGAGGGCCACAGCUCCCUGAGUUCCCACAGCAACAGCGAGGAGCUGGCGGCCGCAGCCAAGCUGGGGAGCUUCAGUGCCGCCGCGGAGGAGCUGGCGCGGCGGCCCGGCGAGCUGGCGCGGCGGCAGAUGUCGCUGACUGAGAAGGGCGGGCAGCCCACGGUGCCGCGGCAGAACAGCGCCGGCCCCCAGCGCAGGAUCGACCAGCCGCCGCCCCCGCCCCCGCCGCCCCCGCCUGCCCCCCGGGGCCGGACGCCCCCCACGCUGCUGAGCACCCUGCAGUACCCGCGACCCUCCAGCGGGAGCCUGGCGUCGGCCUCGCCGGACUGGCCCGGCUCGGGCGCCCGGCUGCGGCAGCAGUCCUCCUCCUCCAAGGGGGACAGUCCGGAGCUGAAGCCGCGGGCGGCGCACAAGCAGGGCCCUUCACCCGUGAGCCCCAAUGCCCUGGACCGCACGGCCGCUUGGCUCUUGACCAUGAACGCGCAGUUGUUAGAAGACGAGGGCCUGGGCCCAGACCCCCCCCACAGGGAUAGGCUAAGGAGUAAGGAAGAGCUCAGCCAAGCAGAAAAGGACCUCGCGGUGCUGCAGGACAAGCUGCGCAUCUCCACCAAGAAGCUGGAGGAGUACGAGACCCUGUUCAAGUGCCAGGAGGAGACGACGCAGAAGCUGGUGCUGGAGUACCAGGCGCGGCUGGAGGAGGGCGAGGAGCGGCUGCGCAGGCAGCAGGAGGACAAGGACAUCCAGAUGAAGGGCAUCAUCAGCAGGUUGAUGUCGGUGGAGGAGGAGCUGAAGAAGGACCACGCGGAGAUGCAGGCUGCAGUCGACUCCAAGCAGAAGAUCAUCGAUGCCCAGGAGAAGCGCAUCGCCUCCCUGGACGCCGCCAAUGCCCGCCUCAUGAGCGCCCUGACGCAGCUGAAAGAGAGUAUGCAUUAAACAAAAGCCCGCUUGCUCGCUUGCUGGAACACUGGGGCCUUUUAAAUUGAGCGUGCGCACUGCAUGGGAAAUAGCGGCCCUGGCGGAUGUUAGACUUGCUCCCUCUCCGAGACAGCAGCGGCCUGCACCGGCCCCGCGUGCGGCCGCCGCCUCCUCACCCUCCCGGCCCCCGCCACGGACCCCGGCGCUGCAGCCAGGGGAGGGGCACCCCAGCGCUGGGGCCGGUUUUCCUCAGCUCUGGGCUGUUCUGUAGCUUAUCUGCCCUUCCCCUAGCGGGACCUAGAUGGGCAGGAGGGUGGGUCUCUCUCGGCCCCUGUCCCCGGUCUCCUAGGGCAGGAGCGAGGGUCUCUGCCCAGGCCGCAGAGCCAGGGCCGGGCGAGCUGGGAGGUGCCACCUGUGCCCCUGCGGCUGCAACGCGCCAGAAUCCCCACCAGGAAGGGGUGCCAGCGCCGCACCUCCUCCCGGGCCUUGCCCUGGGGAAGAGUUGUAGACUAGAUGCUGGUGGAGAGGGCUGCGCCACCAGGGGUCGCGGGCCGCAGGAAGGAGAAGUGGGGAGGGGAGUGCGCUGAGGCUCUGCUCCCGCCCCUGCACGGUUCAGACCAGGGUGGCCACGCAGGCAGGGCCUGGCUUCAGGGGUGUCCUCCUCGGCCCAGGGAGCCCUGCCUCCUCCCCCCCCUCCCCUGCCGCUGCCUCGGGCUCCGACUGAGCACCUCUUAGCAAUACGGGCAGGAGCGCACGGGGGCGGGCUGUGAGCUCUCAGGCCGAGAGCCUUACUCACCUGUGCAAAAACUGUAAAAGUGUACAGACUUCACAGAUUUUUAUCUUAACUGCAAGUCUGACGAUUUUUGUAAAUGUUCUUGGUGUUUGACUGUAAUGUAACUACUUCACCCAAGAGUUGUACAUAGUCCCUGGUGCUGCCGGGACUGCUGCUCUCCCGCUGGUCUCUGUGUGAUUUUUGUAAUCCAGACGACAGCGUUGGGCAGGAGGAGGAGGUCCGGGGGCUAAGUGCCCCCUACCCGUGGCUGGGAGGGGGUACCCCGACCGGGCCUGUACACGGGGGGCUCCUGCCCAAGGCUAGAGAGAACCCACGGCCCCACGGAUGAGAGCCUGCCUGCGGCAGGUGCCGCGAUGGCCAGCGGUCCCGGCUCAGGCCCCUGGUCACCAGCACCCAGACUCGAGUCUGGAGCAGGCUGUGCCCUCCCCGCUCACAGACGCCCGAUGUGUUCUGCUCACGUCCAGGGCGAGGGGAACUGCCACACUUCAAAGUGACGACUCCUUCAGACUGCCCGCAAGGGGGCGAGGGCGCCCCUGCUGCCUGGGCCCUGGGGGGGCCGGACCGUCCAGGGCAGCAGCCCCUCUUUUCUACUCACUCGGGCCAGCUAGCCGCCCCCAGCCCCUACCCCUUUUGUAAGUAUGUGAAAAGAAACCAAUGCAAACGCCGGAGUCGCAGCGGGAGCCCUGGCUGCGACUCGACCGUGUAAUAAUGUACAGAGAAAGGUGUUGUGUUCUAAGACUCGGUGGCUGUGCAAUUUCUGUACAUUUGCAAUUAGAAAUAUUAAAGAUUUAUUUAGCUAUUUUAA